GCGCGACGUCGAUUCUUCUCCCUUCCAUCUUUCACGCCGUCAACUACCGCUCUACGUUCCAAGAGCACCCGAGUGUCGCUUUUAUCACAUCCGCGAUAGUAACCGAAGCUCGACUUCCUUUUCCUUCUUCCACCAUCGCACACGCUGUCUGGGUUGUUUCUACGCGCCCGCUCCAUUUAUCAAUAUGGCCACCGAAGAGGAUCUCAUCGAUUACUCCGACGAGGAGCUCCAGACCACCGAGGCUGCUAAUGUCGCUGCUGCUGCAGGCGAGGCAAAUGGCUCUGCUGAGACAAAGAAAGGCGACUUGACUGUCAGCGGCGGCCGUCCUGACAAGAAGGGCAGUUACGUUGGUAUUCACUCGACUGGUUUCCGCGAUUUUCUUCUCAAGACUGAGUUACUGCGUGCUAUUACCGAUUGCGGAUUCGAACAUCCAUCGGAGGUUCAACAAGUCUGCAUUCCCCAAGGCUUGCUUCACAGUGAUCUUCUCUGCCAAGCCAAAUCUGGUUUGGGUAAGACCGCCGUCUUUGUCUUGACGACUCUACACUCUCUCGAUCCUGUUGAGGGAGAGGUCCAGGUUCUAGUUAUGUGCCACACUCGUGAGUUGGCGUAUCAGAUCAAGAACGAAUAUGCUCGUUUCAGCAAGUACCUCCCACAAGUCAAGACAGCUGUUUUCUACGGAGGCACACCGAUGCAAAAAGACAUCGACUUGCUCAGUAACAAGGAGACGCGCCCUAACAUUGUAGUCGGAACUCCUGGUCGUCUCAACGCCCUUGUACGCGAGAAAAAACUUUCUCUUCGCAACGUCAAGGCUUUCGUUCUUGACGAAUGUGACAAGAUGCUUGAUCAGAUUGAUAUGCGUCGUGAUGUACAGGAGAUCUUCCGCAACACUCCGUCCGAGAAGCAGGUGAUGAUGUUUAGCGCCACAUUGUCGCAGGAAGUCCGCCCGAUUUGCAAGAAGUUUAUGCGCAACCCGCUCGAAGUGUACGUUGACGAUGACACUAAACUUACCCUUCACGGUCUUCAACAAUAUUACAUCAAGCUCAGCGAGCAGGAGAAGAACCGGAAGCUCAGCGACUUACUGGACAACUUGGAAUUCAACCAAGUCAUUAUCUUCGUCAAGAGCACACUUCGUGCUAACGAGCUAGACAAGCUGUUGCGCGAAUGCAACUUCCCCAGUAUUGCAGUGCACUCUGGAGUCAGCCAGGAAGAGCGUAUCAAACGUUACAAGGAAUUCAAGGAAUUUAACAAGCGUAUCUGUGUCGCCACAGAUGUGUUCGGACGUGGUAUCGAUAUUGAGCGCAUCAACCUUGCGAUCAACUACGAUCUGCCAGGCGACGCAGAUUCAUAUCUGCAUCGUGUUGGUCGUGCUGGCCGUUUCGGUACCAAGGGUCUCUCGAUUUCGUUCGUCAGCAGCGAGGACGACGAGAAAGUGCUCAAGGAGAUUGAGAAGCGCUUUGAAGUGGCUCUUCCUGAAUAUCCCGAAGGUGGCGUGGAUGCCAGCACUUAUAUGGCCUGAUUGAGCUGACAUCUUUAUUUCGGAGGAAAUUUUUCUUUGUCUUGGUUGACUAUCAACAGAAAAGGUCGUGUAUUCAAAAAUAUUUGUUCCAAUGGGUUAUUCAUCUUCACCUCAAUAUGUAGUAGUCAUAAAUAUGAUAUUCGAGCUAUCUGCGUAAA